AUGAAUGGUUCAAGCCAGCCCACAGUGACAUAUUUUAUUAUAAGAGGGAUUUCUGACCUUACCGAUCUGCAAGCUCCAAUCUUCCUUCUGGUUCUGGCCAUUUAUCUCAUCAGCCUCACUGGUAACAUGACCAUCCUUCUCCUGGUCUGUUUGGAUCAUCACCUUCACACUCCCAUGUACUUCUUCUUGGGCAAUCUGUCUAUCCUAGACAUGUCUUCCACCACUAUUACUUUACAUAAAAUCCUUGUUAAUUUUGUAACGGGAGACCAUGGAGUUUCUUUCUUUGCUUGUAUGACACAAAUGUAUGUAUUUUCAUCCUUUUCAUGUGAUGGGUUGUACCUCCUGACAGCCAUGAGCUAUGACCGCUAUGUGGCCAUCUGCAAUCCCUUGCGAUACCCAGUCCUUAUGAAUCAUAGAGUUUGUGCUCUCUUGGCUACUGUGUGCUGGACUUUGGGUUUGACACAAAUUCUUCCUAUCUUGAUCUUUCUAUCAACUCUCUCACAUUUCAAGUCCAAUAUAAUAAAUCACUUCUUCUGUGACAUUGUGCCCCUUAUAAGACUUUCUUGUAGUGACACCUCUUAUAUUGAAUUAUUUAUUUUCAUCAAUGGGCUGUUUCUUUCCACUUGUCCCUUUGUUUUUACAUUUUUCUCCUACGUUUGUAUUAUUAACUCAAUCUUGAAAAUUAGUUCCAAUACGGGAAGACGUAAAGCCUUCUAUACAUGUUCCUCCCACCUUACUGUUGUUAUCCUUUUGUAUGUAACUCUCGGAAGUCAAUACUUGGUGCCAACAUCAGCAGACAAACUGGACUCCAAUAAACUGUUCUCUCUUUUUAAUACGGCAGCAGUCCCGAUGUUAAACCCUCUGAUUUACAGCUUAAAAAAUAAAGACGUGAAGUCAGCUCUAAGUCGAAGAUUGAAAUAG